CCCUUGUUCCCGGGACUAGUUUAACCCUAGCCUGCUGACACCCCUCCGCCCUUUCUCGAGUGCACGCGGAUAUGGCGGAGCCUGAGUUGCAGCUAGUGGCACAGCGCAUCCGCAGUUUCCCCGACUUCCCCAUCCCUGGCGUGCUGUUCAGGGAUAUCUCGCCCCUCCUGAAGGACCCCGACUCCUUCCGAGCUUCCAUCCGCCUCCUGGCCAAUCACCUUAAGUCCACGCAUGGCGGCAAGAUCGACUACAUCGCAGGCUUAGACUCCAGGGGCUUCCUGUUUGGCCCCUCCCUAGCUCAGGAGCUGGGCCUGGGCUGUGUGCUCAUCCGGAAGCGCGGAAAGCUGCCGGGCCCCACAGUGUCAGUCUCCUAUGCUCUGGAGUAUGGCAAGGCUGAACUGGAAAUCCAGGAAGAUGCCUUAGAACCUGGGCAGAAGGUGGUUGUUGUAGAUGAUCUCCUGGCCACUGGAGGAACCAUGCGUGCGGCCUGCGAGCUGCUGGGCCAGCUACGGGCUGAGGUGGUGGAGUGUGUGAGCCUGGUGGAGCUGACCUCGCUGAAGGGCAGAGAGAAGCUAGGGCCCGUACCAUUCUUCUCUCUUCUGCAGUAUGAAUGACCAAGGGGCUGGAAUAGCUGCUAUACUCCUGCCCCCAGCAUCUCUGACUGGACAGCGGCUCGGCCCUGGCACCCAAGUGACCUUUGUGAGCCACCAGCUGCCCUUUCCUUGGUCGCCAUGCCUAUGGACCACCUGGGCCCUUGCACUUUCUGUAUGUGCCGAGUCCUGAAGCAGAGCUGUGCUGCUGCUGUAGGUUAUGACACAGCAAGAUCAAUAAACAGUUUGUUACCUACAGUGCUUACUGUCUUGCAUGGAUCCCAUUCCACAGGUGACAUGUCGGGGGGGGGAGGGGAGGGGCUCAACGUCAGCUUAUGGACCUCAACAGGUAGAAACCAGCAGACUCAGCUCUGUAGUGAAGCCACAGCCCCCUAGGAAGCACCCUCCCUUUGAUGCCGACCACUAAGUAUUAGAUUCAGGUUCUUUAGGAUAAGACACCUUUUGGAAUGAUCUUUGUAACAUGCCAUUUAUGUACGCUCUAGACUUCUCUGGAUUAGUAUGUUUCUUGCUUGAUAAUGUUCGCAUUGGUUGUAGUUGCAUCUUAUCUAGGUCAUUAUCCCUCAUUAUUCCUGGACAAUAUUCGAUAACUAUUCCUUUGUAUAUAGUCUUGUAUUAGGUUAGAACCUUCUUAUUUGGACACAAGGGGGAGAUGUAGUGGAUAGCCAUUCCAGUUUUGAUCUGGAAGUUCCAACCCCAUUGAGGCUUCAGUGGUAACUGUCACGCCUACGAGACGGGGCCAAGAGAGGACCACUGAAGACCCAAGAUCCGGAUGGGCCACCUCUCUUGGUUCCUGGACCCUGGAGGUAGACCGAGCAGAGUUCUCCAGAGAACACCACCGGACUGCACUCCGUCUUUCCCAGACCUUGCAACCUACCUAUCCCUUCAUUUGUAAGUUAUGCCACUAAAUAAACCCUUUUAACUACA